UAAAAGUGGAAGGGGAUUUCCGGUGGUUCGCGCCCUACAAUCCGUCCAGGUUGUGCGUGGAAAAUUGGUGCCCUCUGGCGCUAGGCUUUUUUAGGGGCUGGUGGGAAAGUGGGGUGACUCAGCGCGUCUUGGGGCUGCACGUGAUGUGAGUCGAAGAGCUGGGCGGACUACGGCAUUGGACAAAUUCCGAUUACCGCAGAGAAGGUCCGCUUAAGCUUUGGACAUGCCAUCAUUUCCAUGCCAGCUCGGCCGGCCGUCGGAAGUUACCAGAAGAUGCUAUCCUCGACUGGGCGUCGUUCGAAUGAAGAGGAAGCUUUGCACCAUCGCAGCUAUUAAGUACACGUGCAUCGCACCGGGCGACUUCUAGCUUUGAACUUACUUCUCUUCUAGUUGAUGUCCUUUACUCUGUGAAACUUUGUCAUAUGUACUGAGCGCAGCCGCGCAGCGGCCUAUAUUCAACAUGCAAGCUCGACGACAAGUACUUUCUUCAGCCCAGCGACUCGCUGGCGCUGUACGACCACGAACCCAAAUCACCCGAGUAGCGGGCUUACAGAUUCUGCGACCAGCUACAGCCCGGUUAUUGCCUACCAUCACUACUCGCAACUAUGCAAACGGACGACCGCACCCUCCAGGUGGCACGCACCGCAUGGAUAUGGGUGGUGGUGAGGAGAAGCCAGCGCUGGAGCAAUACGGUGUCGACCUCACAGCGAGAGCGAAAGACGGCAAGCUUGAUCCUGUGAUUGGUCGAGACGGCGAAAUUCAGCGAACGAUCCAAAUCCUCUCGAGACGAACGAAGAACAACCCCGUCAUCAUCGGUAAUGCCGGUACGGGCAAGACAGCCAUCCUUGAGGGCCUAGCCCUGCGCAUUGUACAGGGGGACGUGCCCGAAAGUAUCAAGAACAAACGAGUCGUCAGUCUGGAUCUAGGCUCCUUGAUUGCUGGUGCCAAGUUUCGGGGCGACUUCGAAGAGAGACUGAAGAAAGUCUUGGAUGAGGUGCAGAAGGCAGAGGGUCAGGUCAUCCUCUUCAUCGACGAGCUACACACACUCCUUGGCCUGGGCAAGGCUGAGGGCUCGAUCGAUGCUUCGAACCUCCUCAAGCCAGCUUUGGCCCGAGGCGAGCUCCAAUGCUGUGGCGCUACCACGCUUGCGGAGUAUCGCCAGAUUGAGAAAGACGUGGCGCUGGCGCGACGCUUCCAGCCUAUUAUAGUGAACGAGCCAUCGGUGGAAGAUACCGUCAGUAUCUUGCGCGGUAUCAAAGAGAAAUACGAGGUUCAUCACGGAGUGCGGAUCACAGACGGAGCGCUCGUCGCAGCUGCCACUCUCUCGAACCGUUACAUUACAGAUCGCUUCCUGCCCGACAAAGCGAUCGACUUGAUGGACGAGGCUUCGAGUCAUCUCAAGCUACAACAUGAGUCAAAACCCGAAGACAUUAUGCGCUUGGACCACAAGAUUAUGACUAUCCAGAUUGAACUGGAGAGUCUUCGGAAGGAAAAAGAUGUUGCCAGCAAGGAGCGGCGCGAGAAGCUUGAGGAUGAGUUGAAGAAACACCAGGAAGAGCUCAAGGCACUCAACGAGCGCUGGGAGAAAGAACGGGCAGAAAUUGAGGGCGUCAAGAAAGUUCAAGAGGACCUCGACAAGGCCAGAUUUGAAUUGGAACAGGCUCAGCGCGAAGGCAACUUUGGCCGAGCAUCUGAACUGCGCUUCGGUGUCAUUCCCACACUGGAACAAAAGCUACCCAAGGAGAACGAGACGGAAAGCCCAGGCACAGCACAGGCUGACCAGCUUGUUCACGACUCUGUCACCGCGGACGACAUUGCCAAUGUUGUCUCGAGAAUCACCAGUAUCCCAGUCACAAAACUGACGUCUGGUCAUAUCGAGAAGCUGGUCCACAUGGAGGAUAGCCUGCGCGAGUCUGUCAAAGGGCAAGACGAGGCCAUCAAGGCCGUGUCAGACGCUGUACGUCUGCAACGUGCAGGUCUGAGCGGCGACAACAAGCCCACAGCCUCCUUCUUCUUCCUGGGCCCUACCGGUGUGGGCAAGACUGAGCUUUGCAAGAAGCUUGCCGGGUUCCUCUUCUCGACGGAGUCGGCGGUUGUUCGUUUCGACAUGUCCGAGUUCCAGGAGAAGCACACGAUUUCAAGACUUAUCGGUGCGCCCUCUGGCUAUGUUGGAUACGACGACGCUGGUCAGCUUACGGAGGCUGUGCGCCGCAAGCCGUACGCAGUGCUGCUCUUCGAUGAGUUUGAAAAGGCUCACCGCGACAUCUCUGCCCUCUUGCUUCAGGUCCUCGACGAAGGCUACCUGACCGAUGCACAGGGUCACAAGGUGGACUUCCGCAACACAAUCAUUGUGCUGACGUCGAAUCUUGGCGCCGACAUUCUAGUCGGCCACGACCCUACACACCCUUACCGAGAGACCGAGAACGGAGACAUCGAUCCUUCCGUGCGCGACGCCGUCAUGGAUGUUGUGUCCUCCGCCUACCCACCCGAGUUCCUCAACCGUAUCGACUCCUUUAUUAUCUUCAAGCGCCUCGCACAGAGCGCUAUUCGUGACAUUGUCGACAUUCGUCUGCGCGAACUACAACAGCGCCUAGACGACCGACGCAUCACACUGCACACGCCCAACGAAGUCAGAGAUUGGCUCGCUGAGAGGGGCUACGAUCCCAAAUUUGGUGCGCGACCGUUGAACAGGCUCAUCACCAACGAGAUUGGCAAUGCUCUUGCUGCAAAGAUCAUCAAGGGCGAGCUCAAGGGCGGAGAAACAGCCGAGGUGAAGAUCCGAGAUGAUCAGCAAGGGCUGGAGAUCAGUAAUGUUGCGACUGCAGCGCCUUGAGAUCUUGUAAACUACGUUGUAUGACUUGUACAUUGUUGGAGUUCUGUCUUAUACCCUGUAUAUUUGUA